GAAGCCGCGGCGAGGCGGAUGAGGGCGGGGCGCAGACUCGCUUCCGGUUGGGCGGUGCUUUCGCGUGUGAGCUGAGCCGGUGGGUGAACCGCGGCCACCGUGACUUGGGCUGUGAGGCUGCGAGAAAGAUCCGAUUAUCAUGGACCUGCGACAGUUCCUUAUGUGCUUGUCCCUGUGCACAGCCUUUGCCUUGAGCAAACCCACAGAAAAGAAGGACCGUGUACAUCAUGAGCCUCAACUUAGCGACAAAGUUCACAAUGAUGCUCAGAGUUUUGAUUAUGAUCACGAUGCCUUCUUGGGUGCUGAAGAAGCAAAGACCUUUGAUCAGCUGACACCAGAAGAGAGCAAGGAAAGGCUUGGAAAGAUUGUAAGUAAAAUAGAUGGCGACAAGGACGGGUUUGUCACUGUGGAUGAACUCAAAGACUGGAUUAAAUUUGCACAAAAGCGCUGGAUUUACGAGGAUGUAGAGCGACAGUGGAAGGGGCAUGACCUCAAUGAGGACGGCCUCGUUUCCUGGGAAGAGUAUAAAAAUGCCACCUACGGCUACGUUUUAGAUGAUCCAGACCCUGAUGAUGGAUUUAACUAUAAACAGAUGAUGGUUAGAGAUGAGCGGAGGUUUAAGAUGGCAGACAAGGAUGGAGACCUCAUUGCCACAAAGGAAGAGUUCACAGCUUUCCUGCACCCUGAGGAAUAUGACUAUAUGAAAGACAUAGUAGUGCAGGAAACAAUGGAGGAUAUAGAUAAAAAUGCCGAUGGUUUCAUUGAUCUAGAAGAGUAUAUUGGUGACAUGUACAGCCAUGAUGGAAAUGCAGAUGAGCCAGAAUGGGUGAAGACAGAGCGAGAGCAGUUUGUUGAAUUUCGAGAUAAGAACCGUGAUGGGAAGAUGGACAAGGAAGAAACCAAAGACUGGAUACUCCCCUCAGACUAUGACCAUGCAGAGGCAGAAGCUAGGCACCUAGUCUAUGAGUCAGACCAAAAUAAGGAUGGCAAGCUUACUAAGGAGGAGAUUGUUGACAAGUAUGAUUUGUUUGUGGGCAGCCAGGCCACAGAUUUUGGGGAGGCCUUAGUACGACAUGAUGAAUUCUGAGCUGCAGACAGAGGAACCCGUGUUUCUUCAAAAGUAAUUUAUUUUUACAGCUUUUGUUUUCACAUGAAAUUGUUUGCGCUACUGAGACUGUUAUUACAAACUUUUUAAGACAUGAAAAGGCGUAUGAAAUAAUGAAAAUCAUCCCGUCCCCAUUCCUCCUCCUCUCUAAGGGACUGGAGGGAACUGCUUCUGAGGAACAACUCUAAUUAGUACACUUGUGUUUGUAGAUUUACACUUUGUAUAAUGUAUAACAUGGUGUGUUUAUUUUUGUAUUUGUUCUCUAGUUGGGAGUAUGAUAUGAAGGAUCAAGAUCCUCAACCCACACUUGUAGGCAAAAAUUAGCCCUUUACUCUUUCUCAACCCCUUAUAAUUUUUAUAAUUCUCAUUUAACUAAUAUUUUAAGCCUGAGAUCAAUAAGAAGUGUUGAGAAAAGCAAGGAAAAUUAUAUGCUCCAUGAUUUAUAUUUAGAGAGAACACUUAAUCUUGCCUAUGAAAAGUCUUACAUUUCACAUGUAGUACUGACAUUUCAUAUUGCAUUCAGUUGCUAUGGGUUCAGCAAUUGGUCCUGCCAUUUCUGGUCAGGGACAGAAUCCCUGUGCUCUAAGAAAGCUUGACUCAACUUGACUUUAUUCUUUUUUCCCCUGUAGAACUAGUUACUUGCUAAUUUUGUCAAGCACAGCUGUGAUAGGAAGUUAGGGCCAGUGUCUUGAAAAAUCAAUCAAGUAGUGAGUGCAGUCUCUUUACAGAGUUAAUUCUAGCUUUUUAUAGAGCAGUUUCCAGCUAGAAACAGCUGGAAAACUAAAGGAACAAUAUAAGUGUGUUCAGGGCAUACAUUUUUUUCUGGGUGUGCAUCUGUUGAAAUGCUCACAACAACAUUAUUUGCCUGUUGAAAUCACUUUAAGUUCUCCAGGAGGCUCUUCUUCCCCAGGAAUUAAUCUUGAUGUCAUUGCAGUUAAAAUUCACUCCUUGCCGGCAUGGUGUCACAUGCCUGUAAUCCCAGCAACUUGGGAGGCUGAGGCAAGAAGAUCUCAAGUUUGAGGCCAGCCUCAGCAACUUAGCAAGACCCUGUCUCAAAAUAAAAAAUAAAAAGGGCUGAAUGUAACUCAGUCAUAGAGCAUCCUGGGUUCAAUUCCCAGUACCAAAAAAAAAAAAAAAAUCCUUUCCGAUCAUGUCAUAAAAAGUGCCUUUAACAAGUUACGAUCAUUGAAUGGGAAUUUGCUUAAGAAACCCUAAGAUCAAAUGAAGAGAUUAUUUAGACCAUCUUAUAUGAAAGCUUAAACCCUCCCAAUGUAGUGGGGAUUUCUUCCCCUUUUCUCUUUUGGAUGAUAGUUAAAUAGCAGUAUUAGUUACAAGCUUGGUUGCAGUGUUCUUAUCUUGUGGGCUGGUUUCCAAAAACCAGGUGCUGCUGACUUUACCAGGGAUCCUCAUACCUUGGAAUGCAAACCACUCACUACCAGGCCUCUCUGUGUCCACCCUAGAGCUUGAGCUCAGACUCAAGGGUAGGAGGACCUGCAGAUAGGGGACUCUUUGGUUUGAGGACCAUUGCUCACUCCUCCUGCCUUUGACCAUCACACCCCAUUCCCUCAUUCCCUCCCUCUCUGAUGCCAAAAAACAAAAAUGGUUUGUCCUGGAUCAUCAGGUAUUCUAUUGUUAUCAAAGAGAGGAACCCUAUAAAAGGAGCUGAAGAAACCACCCUCUUUCCAACUCCAUUUUAACCAUAUUUUAUAUAAUAAACUGUCCACUUUAGUCCCUUACUGAUGGACCUCUUCUGAGAAGAACUAUUCCAAAUCUUUUUAGCCCUCAGGUUACUAAGAUAAAUAUAUAUAAAACCUUUAUUAUUUUCUGUAUCGCUGGAUAAUACAUUCAGGUGGUGCUGAGUGAUGAUUGUAUCUGAACCUAGGUAUAUCCCUUGGUCUUCCACAAUCCUGUUGAGGUGAGCUGCUUGGUGUGGUUAAGAGCCAGGUGUCACUUCACCCCGGCCUUUGCAUCAAGCUCUCAAUAGAGGAUAUACUCUUUACAUUUAACCCCAGUAUAGAUAAUGGACAUUCUCCACCUCCAGAUUCCCCCUUUUUAUUAACACCAGAGAUAAUAAAUAAUGCCACCACCCUAGCUUAGGUAGGGCACAUUAUAAACUGUAUGAGCCUCAAGGUUUAUUAGGUGCAGAGAGCACAGGCAUGACAUAGAAUCAUGCACUUAGACAGCAAACCAUAAUCUGCUAGGAUGGCAGCUUUUGGAUGUGGGGACUCGCCAGCAAGCAUUGUACUCUCAUCUCUAUGAGCCCCUUGGAGUGUUUGUGGUUUAUUGGGGGAGGGUGGGUUUUUUUUUGGGGGGGGGGCUGUUUGUUUAAAUCAAACCUGAGGCUGAUGAUGAGUAGCUACACCCACAGUAUGUAUUCUGUGAGUGCUAGUUCUCUUAAAUUUGGAUAUUGGUUAUUUUUUAUAGAGUGUAAACCAAGUUUUAUAUUCUAUAAUGCAAACAGGUACCUAUCUGUUUCUAAAUAAAACCGUUUACAUUCA